AUGGCUCCCCCAAGUACUCUCAUGACCGUCAUCUCCCCCACCACAACGCUCGAUGUCCCAGCACAGCACUACGAUAGCAAGCCCAGCCACUCUGACAGGAUAGUCAUCAUUGGGUUGACAGUCGUUUCUAGCUCAUCGGCAGCAGAAGAAGGAGCAGAACAAAGAGGCUUCGAUACGUGUCCUCUCGGUAAGCCAUCACCCUAUCUCGCAUCACAACUAACAUCCCAGUCAGCCGCAACAAUGACAAACACCAUCCACCGCCGCAUGAGCGACACCAGUGUAGUCAUCGCCAUCGCCAUCAGCUGCACCGCCAUCGUUGUCAUCUUCCUUGCAGCAGUUUCCUUUUGCAACUGGCGCUCUCGCCCUAAAUCGCCUACUGAUAAUCGCGGCCGCGACCAUGACGAUUCUGAUGCCAACUCUGACAUCGAACUGGAUGCCAUGCCCGAUGGUGCUUUGAACCAUCCUCUUGUGCGGGGGAGCAAUGGUGCAGGACAUGUUUAUCCGGUUUUUGAAGCGACUCGUGAGCAUCAUGCUCAUGUUCAGAAGUGA